CGUUGCUGCUUUUGGUCUGACUCUCUCAUUCGCUCUGCGGGUGCGGCGGGUAGCAAAGGGGAUUUCUCGGAACGAAAGAAGAAAUUUGAGCCUGCCGGCUCGCCGUCGUAAAACCGGCGGCCAUCUUGUGUGGGGUAGUGGAAGCGGCGGCGGCUGCGCUUCGCCGGCUCCAGGCCUUGCUCGUCCCGUGGGAGCUGCGGCGUCUGUGUGGAAGCCAUGUCUGCGGAGGGCCCGGAGCCCGCUUCGGCGGAGGAGCAGAAGGAAAUGGAAGACAAGGUGAUUAGUCCUGAGAAAGCUGAAGAAGCAAAGUUGAAAGCCAGAUAUCCUCAUCUGGGACAGAAGCCUGGAGGCUCAGAUUUCUUGAGGAAGCGGCUCCAGAAAGGACAAAAGUACUUUGAUUCUGGGGAUUAUAAUAUGGCUAAAGCAAAGAUGAAGAACAAGCAACUCCCUACUGCAGCGCCAGAUAAGACCGAAGUUACAGGUGACCACAUUCCCACUCCACAGGACCUUCCACAGCGGAAACCAUCUCUUGUUGCUAGCAAGCUGGCUGGCUGACUAGACUGGUGGAACUGCAUGAAUCCUCUCAUUCUCUUAAUCUUUCCUUAAUAGUUACUUUUCACAUUUUUGUUUCCACUAAGUCAUUGACUGACCGCUUUGCAGGUAGUGGUAGCGUGUGCUGCUAUUGUAAGAGAAUACAAUAUGAAUUCUGUUGAGACUUAAGUUGUGUAGUCCUUGGAUGAGAUGAGAACAAUGCACUGAUUUUAAAGGACACCUUUUGUUAGAGCAAUGUAAAGUAAUCUACUUGAAAAAAAUGUACAUAUUACCUAUUUGCUAGUGUAGGGCUGGUUCCAGCAAGUGUUAUAGCAAGUCUGACAAUUUUUAAUGUUUCUGCUUUCCUUAGUUCACCUUAAUUACAGCGUAGUAUGUUUGUAUUGAAUACAACCUCUUGUUGUGUUUUUUUCUUGUGUUUGGUUUUGUAAACUAGAGGUUUUAGACCGCAAGUUGCUAGAAGGUAAAGCAUGUAUUAAAAGAAGACAAGAUGGGGCUCUGACUUAAUUUGCAUAUCUGCUCUUGAACUUGAAUGGCCUUAAACCUACUUCAGCUUUAACAAUAGAUUUUUACUUGGGCAAUAUUUGCUCAUUUUGGUGUAAUUCUUGUGAACCUCGUGCUUACAACUGCCUGUUGAAGCUGGUAUUCCUUUUGAUCCUUUAGCGUGGAACACACUUUUGAAGUGAAUGAAGUAUGCAUGGGCAUAGACUGAAUACACUUUUGUGCCAUUUCUGUAAAUAAGAGUUUUGCACAACUUUUGCAAAUAUCUGUUAAUUUUACCUUUUAAAAAUGUGCCAACUGGAAGCACAAGUGAUUCUGUACCUUUGAAAGUCAUAAUCCUCAAUUGAGUCAAAAGUAGCUUACUGAAAGAAGACGACCUGUAUGUAUAAGAACUGGGAAAUGCCUAAAGUACUGUGAUGAAUCAGCUUUACUAGUGCACCCUUUUUUGUGCGUCAACAAUGACUUACAGUGUUCAGUAUAAAUAUAGACUUCAGAUGCAAACCACGUUCGGUAGUAUAUCUAAGGUAAGGCGAUACCACUUCAAGAAUUAAGUUAAAGGCUGACUUGCAUUAAGCAACUUGUAGAUCACACUGGUAGGGUAUUUGAAGGCUAUUGUAUUUGCCAGCAUCUCCUAAAAUCUACUUUUAAAAAACUUACAUGAACUGCAGGAUAUUUUGGAAUAUGUAAGUAUCGGGAAACCUAUGCUUUUGAUGGUCUCUCGUUGCCACGCAAGUGUUUAAUUCCACAGUAAGUGUGGUCAGAAAGAAUUCUAACAACUUGCUUUUGUUUGGAUUGGAAAGUGAAGUUAAUACCAAAUCUGUGAAGUGAAUACCAAUUCUGGGUAUUGAUUAGAUUUUUGCAUAUGCUAUGUUGAUUCAUGAUGAGCAUGCUAAUCUUUUUCAGUAAAAAGCAAACAACCUAGAAAUGUUUGCCAACAUCUUCCAUUCUAAAUACUCCAGGAGGGACUGUUCCAGAGAGUUGACUGCUAUUACUUAAAGGUGGUGUUUAUAUUUAACACAAAUGUGAAAAACAGUUGAGAUCAAGGGUGGUAUUUUCUUUCAUAGAGCGGGACCAGAUUGUUUUUACCCAGCAUACUUGCUCUGAGAUAAUCAUUGUCAACUGAAUUCAGUUUUAAAGAGAACAUGAGAACAAUUUUGUUUUGCAACACAUCGAGCAGUUAACGUGAUAGAAUCUGCCAAGAGAAGCCUGUGAAAAAGUGUAGUACUUAAAAGAUUUAGUGUGUUUUCUGCAAAGCCCCUUCUAACAAGCAAAUUUUGAGAAAAUACAGCUAAUAGUAAAUCAUGUUAGCGUUGGUGCUAACCUAUAAUACUAAUCAAAAGGCUUGGUUUUCAAAGGUACUGAGCACCAUGAUCUUGCAUUGACUUCACCCCCUCUUAAAAAGCCUAACCUUGUUUCUGUAUCCAAAGUGGACAUAUUAUAUAGGUGAUAAAUUUAGAUAUACUGGAGAUUAGUUUUUAAGAUUAUUUGUACUGGGUUAUUUUGUUAUCUAGUCUGUCUUAAAGGAGGAAGAUACUUUUCAACUAUCUCAACUUAUAUCAGGUUUUUGUGGGUAAUUCAAUAGGUCUCUUCUCAUUGUGGUCAUCUUUGAUUUCAUUUCACUGUAGCAUUUGAAUUUCUGAAUAGAUUAAUUGAAAGGCUUAAUGGCAAAGUUGAUAUUUGGUUAGAAAUUGUGCUGAGAAAAACCCUAUUACUAUUUACUGCAAGAAGAGCAACAUUAAACGGUGUUCUAUGGAAGGUCAUCAAUGAAAAAUGAACUUAUUUUUAUAUGAAUAGGCCCAGUAAGGGUUAAACUAGUGUGGCUUAAAGCUAGUAAUUCUUGACAACAGAAAGUGACUUGGUAUUUCCUAGUUGCUGCUGCACUGCAGAUUAUAGUGAGGUGGAUUGGUUUGCCAUUUAGGGAGGUAUAAAUAGCCAUGCAAAUCUCAACAUUCCAUUCCCCCAGUUGCAUUUUGGUAUUUUAUAUUAUUGAUAUGACCAUGCAAACUGUCAACAUGCAUCAACGAACUGAAAUUUUAAGACUGUAAAUGAAACAUGUUGGUGAUCCCUGAAAAUAUGUACUACAGCAGCAACCUGUUCAGACAACUCUGAAUCUGUGUCUGAAAAAACCUCAGCACCUGAAGAUAGUUUGAUCACCCACGCUGUUAUGGACACGAGGAGCUAGAUCAACAAUCACUUUAUAGAAGAUCAAACUGAUGGCUAACUUGCAACUUUCAGCUUAUUCUAACAAGAUAAAGCUGUAAAGAUUGUGUACAUACUGUAUAAUAUGAGUUUUACUGUUUGAUAAAUGACCUUUUUCAGAGAUCUGCACUAUAGUCUGGCAAUCUAUUGGCUUUAUGCAGUAGUGCUUAAGUAUGUCUCUAAUGAAGACAGUACCUAGUAGCUCUCAACCUCUUCUUAGUAGUUUCUGGUGGAGUAAUCAAGCUAUUCAGAGUGAUCUUCCCUUUACUCCCAUCCCAUUCAUGCAUUAUUCAUUGUUAUAGAAGACUGUUUGUGCAGAGGCCACAAAAGAACUGUUUGCUUGAUAUGUUCCUUAAUGCAUUCCUGAUGCUGAUGUGAUGAACAUUUUAGUUACUCCUUACCAACAUCCACACUGUACAGUAUGCAUAAUAAAUUCAUCUACUUAGUUUUCAUUGCUCUGUAGAAGUUUGUCUGGUCUUUACUGUGCAUUUUUUCAUAAUUGCACCUCUUCUAAUUCUGACUGAAGAAUAAGUUUCCACAGAGCUUGCUUUGAACUUCUAAAAAUGUGACUGGGCCUCUGUUUUCUAGUGUAUGUUCAAUUACAAAACUCUUAACAUACUUUAACUGUAACUACCUUUAUAUAUUUCAGUGCUUAUUUUUCUAAUAAUGGUAUUAAAGCUUAUUGUUUGACUUUAA